AUGGUUAGGAAUAUUAUUGUGCUCGGAGGCUCGUCCCAUCCACAUCUUAAUAAGACGAUAUGUGAGCACCUCGGCAUUCCGAUGGCCAAUGUGCUGCUGUCGAAAUUCUCCGUCGGCGAAACUCGAGUGGAAAUCAACGAGUCUGUACGUGGCAAGGAUGUGUAUAUUAUUCAGUCAGGUGGAGGCAAGGUCAACGACCACUUGAUGGAGCUCCUAGUCAUCAUUUCAGCUUGCAAAACUGCUUCCGCAAAAAGAGUUACAGCUGUUCUCCCUCUGUUUCCUUACUCCCGUCAGAGCGAUAUCCCCUACAACAAGACUGGUGCUCCCCUCGUCAAGUCUUCCAUCCCCAGAUCCGAUACCACUCCUAAUUACACAUUCGAGAGCACGCCACCGACCCCGCAUGCUGGAAAAUCCGAAAGCAUGGGCCUGGUAAAUGGCAUCGAUGGUUUACAAAGGGGACUCACCCAGGUCCAGAUUGAGCAGCAUGAAAUGUCUUCCAGCGGUAGCCCUCAGAAGGCCCGUUUUGGCCAUUACGCCAACGGGCCGCUAAAGCGCAGCGACACAACGGACUCCACCAAGUCGGAUACGAGCAAUCGAAAUCGGAAUUCUACUAUUAUACCUCCAACCAACGGCAUUGUGAACAACGAUGAGAUCGCGAGUGUAGCGUCGAAUUCGUCGAAACUUAGCGCUUUCCACCCACGUCCCGGAUACCGACAGUGGGUUGCCCAGGCGGGCACCCUCGUGGCGGACCUCCUCACAUGUGCUGGCGCAGAUCACAUUAUCACUAUGGACUUGCAUGAUCCCCAGUACCAAGGGUUCUUUGAUAUCCCGGUUGAUAAUCUUUACGGUCGACCAUUGUUAAAGAAAUAUAUCACGGAGAAUAUCCCGAAUUACAAGUCAAGCAUUAUCGUCAGCCCUGACGCUGGAGGAGCGAAACGGGCCACCGCGAUAGCUGACUCGCUUGGAAUGGACUUUGCAUUGAUUCAUAAGGAACGUCGCCCAACCAGAAUCACAGACCGCCAGAACGCAACCAUGAUGCUAGUGGGUGAUGUCAAAGAUCGAACUGCCAUCCUGAUUGACGAUCUUGCGGAUACUUCUAAUACUAUCACGCGGGCCGCAAAACUUCUGAAGAAAGAAGGCGCUUCGCGGGUAUAUGCGCUUGUCACACACGGAAUCCUUAGCGGAGACGCUAUUGAGCGAAUCAAUGCUAGCGCACUGGAUAAGGUGGUCGUUACAAACAGUGUGGCGCAAGACGAACACCGAAUUCGUUGCCCAAAAUUGGAAGUACUCGAGGUUGGCCAUGUAUUUGCUGAGGCUAUACGUCGUGUCCACCACGGGGAAAGUAUCAGUGUUCUCUUCCAAUACGACUGA